CGUUGACAUUCUGGGGCAUGAUGUCAGCAAAACCUUCACACCAAGGAUCUUUGCCAACUUGACAGAGUUGUUAACUGCAGAGUGGGUCAGGCUGCAGCACCUGCCACUCACACUGAUGCUAUCUUAGGGACUGAGCAGGGAGAGUGGCAGGUUGCAGCACCCACUGCCACAGUUCCUGCCCCCAUAGUGACUGACCAGAGAGAGGGAAAGGAUAUUCAGUGGAAAACACUUUGUUGUCUUGAACAACUACUCCAGCCAAGAGUAGCAUGUGUGGAGCUAUGUUUGAGAAUCUUAUGAUAAAAUGCCUGCUGCAAAGAAAGCCAAGCGAAAAUCAAAGCCACCUGCCAAGCUUAAGGAAUUCCUUUGUGAAGAUAACAUAGAGAAAGAACAUGAACCUCGCAGGAGCAGAAGAAUUCCAAAAAUCAGUGAAAGGUUGAAGCGAUACAUGGAUGAUAAAGGUGGCAUGGUAAAAGAGCAAGAUGGGGGACAGAUGAGCAGCCAGGCAAAAAAAGAACCUCAGGUUACAGUUUCAUCUGGACAUCACUUAUUAGGAUCAAAAUACAGGGAACCCAAAGUUGUGUUGAAAGCUCUUCCCAAAUCUAUGCUACAGAAAGGAACAAGAAAAUACCCAUUAAACAAAAGAGAGGCUCGAGUAACCUUAAAGAGACUUGGAAACAGUGUCAGUAGAAAAAGCAAUAGAAUAUACACAUCAAAACUGCACAAGCAGAAAGCUGGUUUAACAAAAGCUGUUUCAUCUCCUUCAAAUAGUUCAAAGGCUUCCCUACCAAAGAAAGAGUUGAGAAUUGAAUUAGAAGACAUUUCAGUCACAAAACCACUAGAGAACAGAAAAGGAAAGCGCAAGAGAGCAAGUGCUGGAAAUGAAAUGCAGCCUGAAAAGAAAUCCAGUCGGGUGAGUCAAGGAGUAUCUGGGAACAGAGCUAAAGAUGAGAAAAGUAAAGAAAAGGGAGACUCGCGAUUUGACCCAGAUGUUAUGAAAAAGUUGUUUAACUUUGGUGCAAAGGUUGAGGAAGCUUUGAAAUGGAAUAAAGAGGCAGUUGACAAAUUGACCAGGAAUAAUGACAAAGUACAGUCUUUUACUCAGGUGAUCAGUGAUGAGCUUAAAGAUAUUGAUGAAAAGGAUAUUCUUAAUAUAUUAAAAUGGUUAGAAGAAGAGGAACGCCAGAGGAAGGAACACAGGCGAAAGGUGCUGGAGUCUUUGAGGGAAACUCACCGCACCAAUAUUGCUUUGUAUUCACACAUGUUGAAUGUACUGCAGGCUGUUACAGCUAGUGGUUGAGUACAUCAUUUGCGAGUUACCAGGGAAGUUUGUACUUUGUAACAAAUUUUAAUAUGGAUUUAAAAUUCAGAAUGUGAAUGUGAAUGAAAAUAAUACAUGGUUGUUUUUCUUUUAUUUUAUAGAUUGUAUAAGGUAAUAUAUAAAUCACAUGAUUGCCUAUCUCAUAAGCAUUUUGUUGGAUUGCUGAAAAGUUAUUGUUCUGUGAGUCAUAGAUUUUGAUUGGUAAUGGAAGUGAAGGGGAAUCUUACUGUACUGGAUGUUGUGUUCAAAAUCUUCAGUCACUUCCUGAGCUUAAAGUUUAUCAACUUUAAGUUGAGUAUCAACUACCUGAGAUUAAAUUAUUAGUCCAGUGUUGGGGACUAAUAACUGAAAAGUUAACUUAUAUUGAUUUUUAGAUUACCCUAAUUUUUAAAUGUGUCAGUAUCAGAAGUUAACAUGACUUUUUUGGAAUAAAAUGUUUAAAAUCAUGUUACAAGAGGCCUUAAAAUUUAGUAACAUUACCAGGUGAUCCUAAUUUCAAGAAUAAGUUCUGCAAGUUUUGCUCUUUUUUGCUUGAUAUUUAAAAAAAAAUAAAUAAAUAAAGAAUAUGAAUUUCAAUCCUUGUACUCAUUAAUAAGGUUAUGGUUUGCAAUAUAACUUACUAUGAAUACUGAAAAGUAUGUUUGGAAGUUCGUGAAACUGAAGUAAUUACUGAUAAAAAUGAUGUUUUAAAUAUUGUAUAACUACUAAGAAUUUAAUGGUCAAAUGGUUUACUGUAUUGGGAGAAGAAAAUCUAGUUAUUAUAAGUUAACUUCAGAAAUUGAUGAGAAAUUCGUCAGUGUUUUAUGCUUUAGUGAUCAACUUAUGUUAAUGGAUGAGUGUUACUCCUGUUUUCAACACCAAAGCAGUAAUGGUUAAUUAAUCAGAGAUAAAGUUUCAGUAUUUACCUCUAAGUGCAAAUUAAGCAAGCACUAUGCACAGGGUGUCAUGGUGCAGAUUUUGUCAUGUUUGUCUCCGAAGGACUUGCCUUCUCUUGUCUCGUGACAAUCUGAAAGCAAAAUGUUCCACACCAUAAACCUCAUUGCUGCUUUCACACUUCUUUCAAAUAAAUUGUGUAGAUUA